ACCCCACCAUCAACAUCUCAAAACACAUCCAAAAAUCCCAAUUCACAACACCACGACCGCAGACUUCCUCCCGAAGUCAAUUACCAUCUGCCAACCAUGGCAACACACGAGCAACUCGAGUCGACCUCCUCCCGACCGGUCCUCGACCCCACCGUCAACGUCCAAGAAAAAUCCUCCAAAGAGACCGCUCCUUCCACAGCCUUAAAGCGAAACGCAGAAGAAGCCAACCUGGAUGAGAAAACCACAAUCCACAUCGGCACACGACGCUCCGCGUUGGCCGUCGUACAAGCCGAGAUGGUGCUUGCGGACCUGAAGAAAGCACACCCAGACCUCAAUUACGAGAUCCACGCUAUGAGCACGAUGGGUGAUAAGAACCAAACUACUGCAUUACAUGACUUUGGGGCUAAGGCUUUGUGGACUCAUGAGUUGGAAGCUCAGUUGAUGGACGGGACGUUGGAUCUUAUUGUGCAUUGUUUGAAGGAUUUGCCUACGCAGUUGCCGCCCAAGUGUGUUAUUGGGUGUAUCAUGGAGAGAGAGGAUCCCCGAGAUGUGGUCAUCAUGAAGAAGGGGUUGGAGUAUAAGGGUUUGUUGGAGCUGCCUGAGGGAGCUGUGGUUGGGACCAGCAGUGUGAGGAGGAGUGCGCAGAUCAAGAUGCGGUAUCCACAUUUGAAGUUCAAGGAUGUUAGAGGGAAUGUAGGGACGAGGUUGAGCAAGUUGGAUGCUGAGGAUGGGGAUUACUCCUGUCUGAUAUUGGCUGCGGCUGGUAUUCUGAGGAUGGAUUGGGGUGACAGGAUCACGCAAUACUUGGAUUCGAAGACCGAGGGUGGAGGACUGUUACAUGCUGUCGGUCAGGGAGCUCUUGCCAUUGAGGUCAGAGAAGGAGAUGAAAAGACAACAGCUAUCCUGAACAAGUUAGCAAACGAAGAAUCAACACUAGCAGGCACAGCAGAGCGAAGUCUGAUGAGAACACUGGAGGGAGGUUGCAGUGUGCCAAUUGGUGUAGAGACCACUUGGAUUGAGAAGGGAAAGUUGUUGAUGAAGGCUAUUGUUGUCAGUCUUGACGGCAAGGAGCAUGUUGAGGCAGAAAGACUAGGAGAAGUUCUGAAUGCUAAAGAUGCGGAUGAGUUCGGCUGGGACUUGGCUCAUGUUUUGGUGGAAAAAGGAGCUACCAAGAUCCUGGAAGCCAUCAACCUAAACCGACCGAUCAUCAAAGACGGUGGUGGAGCAUGAUUGUUACUAUAGACAUUGGCUUUUGUAUCGCAUAGACUGGUCGGCGCAGGUGAUGGGCCUGGAAAAAGUGCACAAUAUUCACCUC